GGUAAAGCGGUUAGGAAAGCUGUGGUAAGCUGAUGUAAACAAGAAUUUAAUUUGAAUAUCGUUGUGUAACGUAAAUGAUCGUAAUUGUCAUCAGAGAGAAACAUAGUGUUUAAUAGAAUAAACGUUAUCAUCGCUCACUGUAGAAAAGCACGAAGGAAUAAAGCAUAAUUCUACGACUGUUAUGCUCCUGUUAUGCGUUGAGCGUCAAGUAUCGCGUAUCCACGACGUAACCUAACGAGCUCCCGUCAUAAAUAAUAGGCGACGCUCGAGCAAUCGUGAACAUUACAGAGACAUAAAUAUAUCUGAAUCGCCGACUGAUCGUUGUCCAUUGUGUCAGCCGAGCGGUGAGAAUUGACGAAACGACUAAGAACACGAGUGAGACUCGACGAUCGAAAAUCUUAAAGGAUGCUCGACGGACAGCGAGUAUGGAAUACGAUUCGGAAUCCAGCUGCGAGGGCCGUUGCUUGAGAGAGUUCGAAGAUGCGAAUGGUGCGAAUGAGUCGGCGCAUUCGACGCAGACACACGAGAAAUGCGAUCGACGCAACCGCGUCCUGUGCCAAACGUCUGCUUUGCAGACUAUGUCGGAGCAAUCGAGAUUCGAGUUGAAUCCAGCGAGUAAGAGUCUCUCGUCGCAGGUAAUGGAAUAUUAUCACAAGUACUCCCGAAACUCUAAACUGGAUCAGUAUUUCUCGCUACCGAAUGCUCCACAGGAGGCUGUCAAAUAUUAUUACAGUGUAUACGAAUUAAGCGCUAAAGUAGGUUCAUCCAAUAGGCAAGACUGCAUCGGAGAGGAAUACAAUUUAAAGUCCUAUGUCCCAAGAGAAAGACGUAGGUGGGUAAGACCUCCGUUGAUUGGGCAGUCUUCCAACACGGAUACUUCAUCCAGGUAUGUUCAACCAUUGACAGAUCUUCAAACACCUUCACCUGAUCUCAAGCAUGAUACACCUGAAACAAUACACGAGGAAAAAACUGAGAGCCCGGAGAAGCUACCAGAAGUUUCCGACAGAAAGCUGUCCUCCCCAACCUCCAGCGUAGCAUCUUACAAGCCACUGGAAUGGGACAGCGGCGCGGACGUUGGUUACUUCAAUUCGCAUUCUCAAAACAAGCACAACGACAAAAGAUUGAGCACCAUAGAACGUAUGGCAUUGGCACGAGGAUGCUCAGCUGCUUUACGGUUAGAUCCGGAAGGUACUACUGAAUCCGGUAUGCAUUCCGGGAAGAUCACAACGGCGCAAAGCGGUCCGAAAUUAUCGUCAAUUCCUGACGCGAAUUCCACGCCGUUGGUCGGAACUGCCUCGGGAUCAGAGAGCGAAAUAGAGAUAACGCCCAUCGUGAAGAACCAUUUAUCAGGUAUUAUCACGGGCGACGACAUCAAGUCACAGGAGAGACGCGUUCCCAACGAUGUCGUGCAGCAGGAAGCUGCAACGAAGUCCUCGAAGCACGAGACACGCUAUUGCGACACGCCCACGUCGUCUACGUCUGUGUUCAAGAUGCCGUUGGCGAAAUAUUCGACGGCAGAGAGAAUGAUGAGCAAACGUAAGGAGAUCACGCGCCUGCCAAGCUCGCCGUUGAAAAAGAGCAUCUCGAUGAACGUGUUACCCGCAUCAUCGGCCAAGUCCUCUUUGAAGAGAAGCCAGAGCGACGAGAAUCUAAACGCUAAGGAGAAGAAAGUUAUACUGCCUUUGAUAUUCAACUCUUCGUCGUCUAUCGCCACCGUGGUGAACAAGCCUGCGACUUGCGAUAAAGUGAUACAAACGAGUCCGGAAAUAUGUACUCAGGAGUCUAUCGGCGUCCAAGUUUCGGACCUCGACGAGGGUAAGCUACCGUUAGCGGAGGGUGACCCCAUUUCUCAAACGAUGAUACAUUCCAUUUUGAAGAAGUCCAAAGGUACAUACAGAAUAAAAGGUUCCAGGAAAUGCGAAGACUCACGUCCGGUAGCCAAUCCACCGGACACCAGCGCGGCUACGAAGGAAAAUCAGACACAGCAGAGCAGUUCCGGAGAAUUGUCGCAGAACGCGUCCACCUCGAUAACACCACAGCCCGACGAGACGGAGGACGUGUCCGGGCGGGCCAACAGUUUCGAAUACUUCCCGGGGCACACCUACGCGAACGUCCCACACGGAGGAGACGGCCACGUCUCUUCCGACACGGGUAGAUCGAACUCCACGCUACCGAACAGCAGUUCCAGCAUCAACGAGAAACUGUGGGGAGACUCGGACAGUUUGGUCCGCGACUUGGAGAGGAGCGUGAACAUCUUGAAGAGUCUCGUCGACGCCAACAAGUGCGACAAGCAAGUGAAGAAGAGACUGAUACAGCACGUGAUCAAGCGGUUGGUCACCGCCAAAUACACGGACGACAGGAUCGAGCAUAAUCUGGAGGACAACGUUCCUUGGAACCCGGACGACGCCAGGAACAAGGUCUAUCGAACCGAGCUGCUUCAGGCAUUGGCGAAGAAGCACAGCACCACUGAGUCGUCCACGGACGAGUGGAACUUACGGAAAAAAGACACGUCUACGCAGAAGUCUGUCGGCACCACUAGCGACGUCAUCAAGGAGGUAGCGUUGGAGAGUAGCAACAGCGACAAAUUCGACCGGCACACGGACAGGACGGAGAUGGACGGCAGGAAGGCGCGACUGGGACUGAGGACGGACGACUGUCAGCAGAACAGCAACACCACGACGGAUCGUGAUAAGAGCGAGAGCUCCGAGUGCUUCGUGCCGCAGCGAAAUCACAAGAACGCCAAGGUGAACGAUAUUUUCUGUUAUAAGGAAAGUUGCAAGCUGCCACACAGGGAGUCCACCACAACGAACAGCAUACCACCUGCCGAUCACAAUAGGAUUUUAUUGGACGCCGUCGUGAAUAACAGAAGAACGUCCGUCGAAUCCAAUAAUAACACGGACAACAACACGGACUGGCGACUGCCGACCACAUCGUCGGAGAGGCAAUUCGAGCUGAAGAAGUGCAGCAUGUCCGAGUCUGGCGACUCGAAGCUCGUCAAUUACGCCGAAAUGGAGAAGAGGAAUCAGCUCAUCUGGAUCACGAACGAGAUCAGUCACCUCUGCAACUUGAAGAAAUUAUUAGAACAGCCCAGAAGAUUGGAAAGGUCGAAGUCUUCGCCGAGGAAGAAUAAAUCGGCGAAUUUCAAAUCGAAGCAGACGACGGCGCUCGCUUGUAGGCGGGAGCAAAGUGCAGGCACUGUGCACAGAAACCGAUCCGACUUGCUCGAUGAUCCCGUCAACGAGCCCUGGUCGUCGCACUGCAACUUAGCAACGUGCGAAGCUGCGAACGACAGCGCGAUUCAGAGAAUUAUGAAGCGCAACAGUUGCACGCAAACAGCGUCAGACGUGUCCGACGCGUAUUCGAAGACCGGCGGCGAGAUCGUGUCCGCCUGUCGAACACAGUGCUCGACGAUGAAACGCGUCGCUAUUGGCGUCGGCGUGCAAACGUCGUCGCGGGAGAUGCUGCUGGCGCCAACGGCGCCGACGACGCAGUCGGACGUACGCGACACGAAGUACACAAACUCGCAGCAUCCCCUGUGCGCGCAUUCCCAAGAUAAUAAUUCCAAGUGCAGAGAUCAGAUCUGCCAAAAGCACACCGCCCAGAUCGCGCAGCGUGCGUGCGCGCGGUGCGCGAAUCAGAGCUCGAGCGAUGCGACUAGACCGCGGAGGAGCUACCAAGGGGAGCAGCAGACGAUCGUCUCGCAGCAGACGCAGACGAAUUACACGAGCGACGACAGCGCGGCCGUGACGGAGGCCGCUCGUCGUCGCGCGGUACAGAGCAUCGGCGUCCAGCAGAAACAGAAAGAGGCUAAGAAUCAAAUGAACAAUGCUUCGAAGUCGAGAUGCAGCUGCGUCCGCGUUGCGCACUCGCCCGUCAACGACAACAAGUGCGGAGCGAGCGUGGUCGAGGCCAAAGGUCGGGCAGAGUGUCACAAGAAAACGAUGUUCACGGUAUGCCCGUUGUGUUCCAAGCAGAAGCCCGUUGUGGAGGGCCACAACGGCGUCUGUAACUGCGGCGUAUGCCAGAAGAGUGCCUCGUGCGUGCGCGAGAACAAUCCGGGAAACGGCAAGGCGUAUGGUCAUGCGAGCGAGUGCGACGGCGCCUCGACGGAUGUUAACGAUGUGGACAGGAGAAUCGUCAUCGGCAGGUCCCGGCAGAACUGCAACGCGGACGGUCAAGGUAGACGCGCGCCGAGCUUCAAUGAGCAGAACGGCAUCGGGAACGCUUGCGAUUGCAACGCGUGCCAGAGUCCGGAGACCACGGCGGAAACGUUGUGCGAGUGCCGUUCGAGCGGCCAGAUCGACGACAGCGGAUUGUGUCGGUUCGAGUGUCGCUUGAAAAUCGCAGGGCGCCAAUCGCUGACGCAGAUGUAUUCCGAUAGCUCACAGGACAGCGACGUGAUCGCGCUACCGCGUAAAGUACAAAGUAGCUUAAGAUGCAACUGCGACGAGGCUUGCUCCUGCGUGAAUAAUCCAGUGAGGGAUCUCACGCGGGCUAGAGCGCGCGGAAGCUACGCGUCGAAACCAAAUCUCGUAGAUGACAGCAAUGUCAACAGGACGGAGAGAACAGGACGCAAAUAUUGUCGCGCGUGUGGUGCCAUGUAUCAGAAUACCAGGAAAUGCGACUGCCGCCAAACGUACCCUAGAGCGGUCGCGUACGAGUUGUCGUUCACAAAAGAGAGCACUAUGAGAAACGAAACGUCCAAUGUUGUUCAAAUAACGCCGAAAGUUCCGUUCGCCAAACAACCACCGAAUCCUGCGAAAUCCGAUACUUGCCCUUGCGACGUUAUGAAAAGGAACGGCUCGAAUAGGAAUCUUCAUCAAGCAAGCACGCUGCAGGAUUAUCUGUCUAAAAACAAUCCCGAGUUUGUGGGCAAUGCAGAAACACGUCGACAAUACCUGUCAGAGAUAUGUCAAUUACGAGAAUUGAGAAAAGAAAAACGUAUACAAUUAUUAGCAAUGGCUAGUACGUCUAAUAUCAUUAAAUCUGCACAUAUAUCGAAGCCAACAGUUUGCAUGCAGAAAAAGAUUAGCGACCAGGAAAUGAAAGAGCGAUUGCGUAAGCGAUAUCUCCGGCUGAACGAAGUGCGAUUCAAACGACGACAGCAGGAAAGACAAGAAGAAGCACGUCGAAAUAAACUCAUGGCGAAAAUUUUCUGCAAGAAGCUGCAGCAAAAGGUUUUGAGGGGCCAAGUAGAUCUGUCUCAAAGCGUUAGCGUUAUAUCCAACUUAUAGAGUCAUUAGCACCUACUCGUGCAAAGUGCUUUCUUAU